AUGACAGUUAAUUUAGAACUGGCCUUUUUCUCCGAACCAAAUAUCGGUUUUUCGUCGCUUGUUAUCGGGGAGAUCAUGGACACAAUAUAUCUUGACUGUUUCGAUGCGGAAUAUGCAGUGGAAGCGAUCGGAUCAUCAGCCCGGGGCAUUCGGUCUAUUCUGUCUCGUCUGCGAAGUACCCCGAAUCUGGUGACAGCAUACGCCAAGUUCACGAAUGUACCACCAGAUGUAGCAAAUCUAAAACUCUCCAAGGGAUGCCGCCAGCUCUACAACCCCGACACCCGGGUCAUGAUCGUUACCAUACCAGGCAGACCGCAUGAUGCCAUCGUGGGUGAGCUCCUGUCAGAAUUCAAUAGGGCUGUGUUAUUUGCGAAUUUGGGAAGAACGCUAUGUUCCCUUACAACUGCAAGGGUAGAAGGAAACACUUGCUCCAAAGAACCGGAUGGUUCAUGGAUCCCCGGACAACUUCCUCCAGGUCGAAACGACAAGUGGCCUACGAUUGUUCUGGAGGUCGGAGUAUCUGAGUCCAAAAAGAAGCUACGAGCGGAUGCUGCCUGGUGGCUGGCUAACUCUCAGGGGCAAGUACAUGUGAUGAUAAUCAUAUCGGUCAAUCGGACUGUGGCUGAGGUCACAUUUGAAACCAUUGUGCUUCGGCAGCCACCCACAUCUAUGCGCGGGGGUCGGCAUCGAUACGUGACAGAGGUCCGUCAGUCAAUUGUGGUCUCCCGGCCACCAGGUGGCCCGAGUCAACCAAUUACCACGGUGCCCGAUACCUCACCACUCAUCAUUGCUUUGCAAGAGGUGCUCUGCCGUGCCCCUAACCCAUCAGAGAGUGACCCAGUGAUUCCUAUUAUCUCCCUCGAGCAUAUUGCGAGUGUCACAUGGCGUUGGCAAGGGCUUUGA